AUGAGAUUCAAGAUCUUUUCGUUGCCGGCCGCGGUUGGUGGUCUCUCGCUCCUGUCGACAAUCGCCGCCGCUGACCCCGCUACCACCGUCGCCAAUCAACGCUCCAGUUCUUCCGAAUCUUCCGAAGACUCCGCGAAUGUGAUACCGGGAGCUUAUGUUGUGGAAUGGGAAACUGAUGUGGCGGAUGCACCCGGCUUCUAUCAAAGUCUUGGGUUGGAGAUCGAGCAUCGACUGGAUCUCAAAUACCAGCUAUUCAAAGGUGCAUCAUUCCGCAUCAUUAACGGAUCAAAUGGUGUAUCCAAUGGAAUCUAUGGGAUGAUAGCAGCACGUCCCGAAGUGAAGUCAAUUUGGCCUAUCAGAACGAUCACAAUACCGACAACGAAGCCACUUUAUGUUGGGAAAAACAGAACGACUACCUCAGGGCAGUUUGUUGGAGUACACAAGCGGCAAGCCGAGGAGCCCGAUACGUACACGCCACACGUCAUGACGCAGGUUGACAAGCUGAGAACCGAAGGAUAUACUGGCAAGGGGAUUCGUAUCGGAAUCGUUGACAGCGGUGUCGAUUACACGCAUCCAGCUCUUGGGGGCUGCUUCGGAGAAGGAUGCAUCGUCAGCUACGGUUGGGACCUCACUGGCGACAACUACUUUCCUCCGAAUAGCCCUGAACCCGAUGCGGAUCCUUAUGACGGGUGCGUCGGUCACGGAACUCAUGUGGCUGGUAUCAUCGCAGCUCAGGCCAAUGAGUUGGGCUUCACUGGAGCAGCUCCCGACGUCACCAUUGGAGCUUACCGAGCUUGGGGAGGUAACAGUCUGACAACAAAUGAUAUCCUGCUCGAUGCUUUUAAUGCUGCUUUCGAGGACGGGAGCGAUAUCAUAUCCUGCUCGGCGGGGCAGUAUACUGGGUGGGCAAACGAUCCUUGGGGCAUAGCUGCAUCGCGAAUUGCAGCACAAGGUGUGUCCGUGAUUGUGGCCCCGGGCAACUCUGGCAGAUCUGGCAUGUUUCUAUCGGCGUCACCAGCAACCGGCGUCAAUGUAACAGCUGCAGGGUCUGUUGACAAUACCAUAACGCCUCUCUUGCUCACUGCUGGUUCCUAUACGGUGGAUAACGCAGCAGGAAUCAGAGAGCCGUUUGGUUUCAUCAGCGGUGGGCCGGAGUUCGCGGAAAACAUCACCUUGCCGCUUUGGUCUGUGAGCAACAGAUCUGAAUCUGCGAACGAUGCUUGCAGUCCUUUGCCGGAUAGCACACCUGAUCUCGCGUCCAAGAUUGUCCUUCUUCGGGUGGCGGACACCUCGGAAUUCAAAGCAACUCAUGGCAUCACCGGCGUUGGGACCGUCACUCCGGCUCAGGGCGCCACUUGGAUUAACCUAUUGAACCAAGGUUCGAACAUCAACAUUCACAUCGUUGACCCCGCUGCAGCAGACAUCCGGUAUGAGGCUGUUACCAAUGACGUAUCUGGUGAUCUCACCAGUCUGACCACAGCUUGGGGGCCUACAUGGGAGGUGGUAUCCAAACCCCAGUUCACUGCUCCAGGUGGAAACAUCCUUUCAACUUGGCCCAUGGUUAUGGGAGAAUAUUCCGUGCUUUCCGGGACUUCCAUGUCAACACCUUUGAUUGCUGCAAUAUUUGCACUUGUCGGUCAAGCGAGAGGAACAACAGAUCCUGUCGAAUUGCGGAAUGUCAUCUCAUCGACCUCUAGGGCUCGGCCUUGGUUUGAUGGAACGAAUGUCCACGAUAUACUAGCGCCUGCACCCCAGCAAGGUUCUGGCGUUGUCCAAGCAUACGAUGCCGCUCAUGCAAAGACGAUUCUAAGUGUUAGCGAAAUCUCGUUCAACGACACAGAAAACUUCGUCGCGCAGCAUACAUUCAGCAUCCGGAAUACAGGCGGGGACGCAGUGAUUUACAAACUUGGACACACCAAAGCUGCUACAGCCUACACCUUCGCCUCGGGCUCAAAAUCUGCGUCUCAGUUUCCGAAUCCGACCGUUGAUGACUGGGCCGAACUCUCUUUUUCAUCAGAUGCAAUAGGUAUAUCGGCAGGCUCGUCCGCAGAAGUGACCGUCACAGUGGUUCCGCCACGAAAUGUGAAUGCGACGCAAUUGCCCGUAUAUAGCGGCCUAGUUACGAUCGAAGCCGAUAACGGAGAGACGCACAACAUCCCAUACGUUGGUGUUGCCGGUAGCAUGAAAGAAACCCCGGUGUUCCUGGAAGGCCCUGAGUAUGGAACCUUUCUCGGCUACUUCAACAAUCCCACCGCUCCGAACACCACGUUCACAAUACCCCGCCCUGGCACGACGCCGCCGGGAAAUGUGGAAUAUCCGAGCAUCCAAGCAAGUUUGCUUUUUGGAACGCAGAUGGCUCGAGCCGAUGUGGUGGCUCUAUCGGAGACGGGGCUUCCCACAACGGCAUUUUUCGACAUCGAGAGCGUUGGUUUUCUUUCAGGCUUUCCGGAACCUUGGGUUGUGAGGAGAAACUACAGGCUCGGGUUUACGGGAGAGCUCGCGGAUGGGACGGUUGUGCCUGAGGGAACCUAUAAGAUCGUUUUCAGUGGCCUCCGGGUUUUUGGCGACCGCGGAAAGCGUGAAGACUGGGAUUUUGCGGAAACAUUACCUUUCGUCAUCCGAUAUAUCGAAUAG